AAUUCACACAUUAUUUUUUGCUGUUUAUUGAAAACUGUUUCCUCUUUAGGGAGACAAAAGCUCAGAGGUUAAUGACGGUCUUUACCGUUUCGAGAAUCCUGCUGAGGAAACAAAAUCCCCUUUUCCUUUCCUUCUAUCAGGAAGUGCUUAUGUUUAGGAAGAAUGUAAUGUGUUUAGUCAGAUAACAUGAUUUUUCUUUGUGUGCAUCUGACUGAAUCCUCCAGUCCCACUAGCACAACAAGUCUGAGUGGAGUUCAGGCAUUUAUUCUAACGUUUUUUGCCACAUUUUAGCAUAAGGAUGGACAGUGAGAAUGAGACAGACAUGCUUGUUCAUCACUGCAACGCCAAGGUGGAUUUGGUGUCUCGGCGUAUCAGUCUCUUCCUGCUCCACUUGUUCAUCUUUAUCGUAGGACUGCUUAUGAAUUUGACGGCCGUCUGGGUAAACUGGCAGAGACGUCGCACACGUAACACUGUGAUAUUCUGCAUCCUCAACAUGGGCAUUGCAGACACCAUGCUGAUGCUCAUCUUACCCAUCUCCAUGCUUGAAGUUGCUUUGGAUCACGUUUGGCUUUGGGGGGAUUUCCUGUGUCGCUUUUCAAAUUUAAUCAUUGUAGGUAACAUCCAUGCUAGCUCAUUUUUCUUAGCAUAUAUAUCUGUUGAACGCUAUUUGUCCCUGGCACGUGGAUCGGCACCAAAAAGAAUGGUCACAUCAGAAAAACGCAAGAGGACCAUCAUUUGUGUGGCACUCUGGAUUUUUGCUUUGUUUCUUGGCUUGUUAGAAACAGUCCAUGUUCGUGUUUUAGGAUUAAGUCAACCGGGAUGUUACCUGGUACCUGUCCAUGACUACGAGAAGUGGUUCAAUUCUCUCGUUAUUAUCCAGUUUUUGGUGCAGUUCUUAAUACCAUCUGUGAUUAUUGUGACUUUUAACACACUAACAGCCAGAAUAGUGAGAUCGUCUUCUGAAGUUCAGAUCCGUAACAUCGACAAUGUUUGGUUCCUGCAUGUUUAUUCCUCAGUUUUUAUAAUUUGCUGGCUUCCAUUUCAACUAACCAUGAUCCUCAUCCUGGUGGACCUGGCACAACCUGAUUUAUUUGCCUGCACCACCCUCGAGCGGCUCUUUUUCUCCUACGCUGUCGUAAGAACAAUUGCCUUACUCCACUGCUUGGCCAACCCCAUCCUCUAUAGUUUUCUAAGCAGAAGCUUCCGCAGCAAGCUUAUUAACCUCAUCCUGAGCCAUUUACCACAAGAUCUUGUUGCAAAGCAGGGAACGGAGCAACAUGCUAACCAAGUUGAAGGUAAAGGAAAUGGAAGGAGAGCGAACAAUGUGACUGAAAACAAUACCAGCCAAUCAGACGGAGCACCGUGAAAGAAAAAAUGGACUGGUUUAGAUUUAAAGUUUGAAAUUCAUAAUUCAUGGAUUUUUGUUUAAAACAUUCACUAUGCUUAAUGGGUAUUAUGUACAGUUAUACUAGAAAUACUAAUCAUAUGUACAGUUAAUUAUACAUCAAUUAUUGCAUUAUACAAAGUAUACAAAAUACAUGACCAAAAUUAGACUUGUGUGACCAGAAGAUAAGUGAAGAUGGCUUAUGGAGCUCAUAUACAAAUCCUGCUAAUACAUAACAAGCUAGCAAACUUCAUUAUUCAAAUUUGUUUCUGUUUUAUACACAUGAAGUUUGUUUAUUUGUGGUAUGUCUCUAUUCACGGAUAAUAACAUCAUAUAAUUAUUCCACCUAACACUAGGGUGUGCUGUUUUCAAAUGUAAAUGUCUAAACACACUAGUGUAAAUAAACAUACAUUUAUUUGAAAAUGAUAAUUCUUUAGAUUAUCGUCUAGCUUCUCAAAAUCUAACUCAUUAACAAUUUGAUUACCUGCAAUGUUUUCGAAAGAAGAAAAAUUAUUCCUAUGUGUUCUUAACAUUGUUUUCAGCAAUUACACACUUUAUAUGUAAUAAUUUAUAGAAAUGAAAUGCGUAACCAAAAAAUGAGGCAAAAUACAAAUUACCUCUUAUUAUUUUGAUUGACCAUUUUAUGGUCUUUUUUGUUUGUCUCUCAGUGCAGCGUCUUCAUUUUUAAAGUGAACUAUAAAGUUUACUAAAGAGCCAUCACAUCUCAUAUCGCAAAAAUAGUGUUCUGAUCAACUAGAAAUUACAUCACUUACACAAAAAGUAAGCAAAGUGUAGGCUCUGAAAUCAAAUCAGCUUAUAUCAGCUACACAAUAGGAGCGUAGUGUAGGGACUCAAACAAUAGUGAUGGUGUUCGUAAAAUAUCUAUAACUAACAACCUUCCUGAAAAUUAUUUAGAUUAAAUGUAAAGUAACUAGAUUUGAUUUGAUAAUUAGAUUAAUUAGAUUUGAUUCCUGUGCUGCAUCCUUAUGUUUUCUAACAAAUAAUUCUUUUUUAAAACAAUUUCUAACAAGUGUACAUGUUGUCUUUAGCUAGUUAUUAUCUUAAAUAUAAUCUACAGAUAAGUUUGUAUCAAUAAAAUAAAGAAAACAAAGACAAAGAUGAGGAAUC